AUAACUGUGCUAUAGCUACGUUAACCUCCGUGGCUAGCGCUAAAGCAGCAAGUGUUUUGACACACGCCAACAUUUGAAGCCAUUUUUUCUCUAUAGGACAACAUUGAGAUGGCGGAUAAAAAUGAAAACCUCGAGGAGCAUCUCGAGAAGUUUGUGGAAAAUAUUCGGCAGCUCGGAAUUAUAGUCAGCGACUUCCAGUCCACCAGUCAAGCGGGACUCAACCAAAAACUAAAUUUAAUGAUAACUGGACUGCAAGACAUCGAGAAGUGCCGUCAACAGUUGAAUGAAAUCAAUGUGCCAUUGGAAGUCUUUGAAUAUAUUGACCAAGGCCGAAAUCCUCAGUUAUACACUAAAGAGUGUUUGGAGAGAGCGCUGGCCCGCAAUGAGCAAGUUAAAGGAAAAAUUGAUACCCUGACGAAAUUCAAGAGUCUUCUCAUCUCUGAGCUCAGCAAAGUCUUCCCGGAGGAGAUGUCCAAAUAUAAGGCGAUACAUGGGGACGACGCUCCUUCUUAGCGACUACAUGCACUUGCACCCUGACCUGUCAACCUGUGACCAUGACUUUUAAGCCUUGCAUCGGUCGAACCAAGGAGGACUGAGCCGACACUGUUCUUUCUCCUUUAAAAGUUCAUUUAUAUGGAAUGUGUCUACUGGACAAACAUGUCCUUUUCACAUGGACACCACAUUAUCAGCAGGGUAUAUGUAAUGCUCAAUUGUGUUCUGAAGCUUCUCCUGACUCUCCAUGAAGCGGUGGUACUUAUUUAUAUCUUUUUGUAACAAUUCAUACAGUGAAAACACUUGUAUGCGGCAUAUUUGCUCAGGCUGUGUUAAUUGUGAUGGCAGGUUUUUUGUUCAGGCCUGCUCGAAAACAUGG